CAUGGCGUGUGCGGGGCUGCUCACCGUGUGCCUGAUCCGGCCGCCCGCGCCCGAGUCCCGGCGGCCCCCCGCGCCCCUGCCUGCCGCCGCCGGACACGCGCUCUUCCAGGACGUUUUCCGCAGAGCAGACAAGAAUGAUGAUGGUAAGCUCUCAUUUGAGGAAUUCCAGAAUUACUUUGCUGAUGGGGUUCUCAGCCCUGGGGAACUGCGGGAGCUGUUCAACGGCAUUGAUGGGCACUCCACCAACAAUUUGGAAACAGAGAGACUGUGUGACUAUUUCUCAGAACACCUGGGUGUCUACCGGCCCGUGCUGGCUGCCCUGGAGUCGCUGAACUGUGCGGUGCUCACUGCCAUGGACACCACCAAGCUGGAGUAUGAGCGGGCCUCCAAGGUGGACCAGUUUGUGACCCGCUUCCUCCUGCGGGAGACGGUGAGCCAGCUCCAAGCCCUGCAGAGCUCGUUGGAAGGGGCGUCAGAUACCCUGGAGGCCCAGGCCCGGGGCCCACGGUCAGACGAAGACAGUGUGGGGGUGCAGAGCAGGCCCCACGGCAGCCGGCGGGCAGGGCGCAGGGCCCUGCGGAGCAUCGGUCGGUCACCCACCUGGUCUCCUGGCUCCUCCGCCUCGGACACAGGGCAGAGCUCGGGAGCCGAGAUGCGGUGGCAGCUCCAGGUCAACCGUCUCCAGGAGCUCAUCGACCAGCUCGAGUGUAAGGCCCCCAAGCUGGAACCUCUGCACGAAGAGGAGCUUACCAAGGGGCCUGACUCGCACAUCCUCAUGGCCCAGAGGCAGGUGCAGGUGGCGGAGGAAGCCCUGCAGGAUUUCCACCGUGCCCUGUGCUGCUACGUGGACUUCACAGGGGCCCAGAGCCAUUGCCUGCAUGUGUCUGCCCAGAAGAUGCUGGACAAUGCCUCUUUCACCCUAUAUGAGUUCUGGCAGGAUGAGGCCUCCUGGAGAAGGCACCAGCAUUCCGCCUGUAGUAAGGCCUUCCAGCGCAUCCUCAUUGACUAUCUUCGGGCUCCGGACACCCUCACCACUGUGUUCUUCCCAGCCUCCUGGUGGAUUAUGAAUAAUAACUGAGCCUGACCUGCAUAAGUCAAGGCCCUGGAGCUUCUGGACUGGUCAACUCAGCACCAAGACCAAGGACGUGGCCACUCUUAGACCUGGGGCUGGGCUCUCAGAGGUGCCCCC